UGAGAUUGUCGCGUUGAUUUGUCAUUGUCCUAGAUGACCCUUUGCCUGACACGAGAGGUCAAGUGUUUACUGAAUCGCGUAAGUAGACGGUUGAUGAACAGUAUAUAAAGGAAGCAGGCAAGAACGACACUUCUGCUUUCGUAUCCCCAAGUCAUCUCUUCACUCGUCCAUAUAUUCAAGAAAACAUCACAAAGUGUUUUAGCUAGCGAUAAUCCAAAAAAGAAAAGGUCAACGAACAAAAUGGCACCGGUCAACGUAGGCAGUCUUGUCUACAACUACCAGGCCAUCGACGUGAUCGGUCCCACCGACCUACUCAACUCGUCGGGUGCAGAGAUUGCCAGCAUCUUGAAACAACUCAUCCCGAUCGAGGAUGAAGUGCUGGAAAGAGCACCGGAUUUCAAGUUCCACCAUAUUGGACUGACCCGCGACCCCGUCAAGCUCUUGACCAGCAAUUACGAAGUAAUCCCGACCACGACGGUCGACGAUUGCCCUGAGCUGGAUAUCCUCCUCAUCGGCGGCCCCGACCCCCUCUCGUUCCAACUGGCCCCAAAGUACGCAGAAUUCAUCCGUCGCCACGUCGCCUCAGGCAAACCCACCUUCUCGACCUGCACGGGCGCUGCGGUCCUGGCGGCGGCAGGUGUGCUCGACGGUAAAAAAGCAACCAUCAACAACAUCGAGUACAACUGGGUCAGCAAGCAAUUCCCCAAGGUCAAGUGGACAAAGGAACGGAAAUGGAUCAUCGAUGGAAACCUCUGGACUGCGAGUGGAGCCGUGGCUGGGAUGGACAUGUUUGCCCACUGGAUCAAGGAGAAUUACGGCCUGGCUAUCCUGACACACGGUGCCUUGGGUUUGGACUUUGAGCCUCGUGACAGCGACGGCUUGUUCACCGUUCUGCCAAAGAGAUAUGGCAAAGAUGGCAAACAAAUAGCCACUCACCACGUACCGGUAUACUUGUGAUAGGUGUCUGAGGACAGAAGAGAGGCUCCUCAGCUCAAGGUAGAGAUAGACCCCAUGGGCUCGUCAAAAGGCAAAAAGGGAAAUAGAGGUACGGACGGGAAGAGGAAGAACGCCCAAGUACCAUGCUUGCUGGAAUGCUUUUCCAAAGCAUCUUUGCGACACUCAUUUCCCAGACUAGCCCUUUUGCUAUGUAGGUAAUUUUAAGUCACUCAUUUUACAUUCUCG